AUGACAGCGUUCCGGACGUACCUGUUGUCACUGACGUACUCGGACGUCUCACAAGCAGUGCCUCAUAUAGAGAACUUGUCAAUCGGGGUAGAUUGCUGGGAAUUGAGGGUGGAUCUGCUAGCAGAACGUAGCGUCGAAUCCAUCGCCUACCAGAUCGCACUCUUGCGACGACAUUCGGACCUGCCCGUCUACCUGACGAUGCGAACGCGGUCACAGACCGGAGGUCUACCCGAUAUCAAGGACGACCCGCAGAUGAUUCCUUACCAACAGGCAGUCCUCUCUCUCGGCCUAAAGAUGGGCGUCGAAUAUGUAGACGUCAACAUCACCUCGCCGCCAGAGACGAUCGCAUCGCUCGUCCGGAACAAGGGCAACUCGCAGAUCAUCAUCUCGUGGCACGACAUGGCUGGGCGGGUUAGCUGGUCCGGACCCGAAGUCCGAUCGAUCUUUGAUCACGCCUGUCGUGAAGGAGCCGACAUCGUCAUGAUGAUCGGGUACGCUAGGGAUUUCCAAGACAACCUCAGCUUGCGAGCGUUUGUCCAGGAGAUGCAGUCGAAACAUGUACCUCUUAUAGCGUUAAACACGGGACCCGAGGGGAAAAUGUCGCGAAUCUUGAACCACUUCUUGACUCCGGUGGCGCAUCCAGCUAUGCCUCGGAUAUCUGGACCGGGUCAAGUCCUAUACUUGACGGGACUUCUCAAACCGUUGAAAUAUCACAUCUUCGGCGCCGAUGUCAAGACCACGGCUUCUCCGAUAAUGCAUACGGUCGCAUUCAGGAAGCUCGGACUGCCUCACACAUACCAUAUCAGCGAGGCUAGCGAUAUUCAAAGCUACGAGGCCAUCCUUAACGAUCCCACGUUCGGCGGGGCCAGUAUCGCUCGGCCCUUCAAGGUGGAGAUCGGUUCGCGUCUCCGUCGACUGUCAAAACACGCUCAAGCUAUUGGCGCGGUCAAUACCAUCACGGCUACACCUACGGGUCCCGUGGGGGACAAUACGGAUUGGAAGGGAAUCAGGACUUGCAUAUCACGGGCGUUGACACCAGAGAACGUGAUCAACGCCAACACGACGGCUCUGGUCAUCGGGGCGGGAGGUGUCGCAAGAGCCGCGAUAUACGCGUUGAACCACCUUGGAGUGUCCAAGAUCGCCCUGGUCAACCGCACCAUGAAAGCCGCACAUGCCCUGGCGAGCGAUAUGUCGAGGCUGGACCCGGGACUGUAUAUCCAUGUCCUCGAGAGCAUCGAACCCAAGGUGAUCAAAUCCUUGGGAUUGCAACCUCGGAUCAUCGUCUACGCGAUACCGAUCCCCGAACAGGAUGACCGAGAUGCCAUCAGAACGAGACCACAUCAAGAUCUGCUUCAUAUUCCCGGUGGAGGGGUAUUACUGGACAUGACGUUCCAGGGUGACCUUGCCCUAUCGCCAAUGUUGAAAUUGUCCAAAGGGAUAAUGAACGACGCCUGGGUUUUCGUACCCGGUAUAGAGGUGCUCCUUGAGCAAGGGUACGAACAGAUCCGGUUAUGGACGGGUAGGAGACCGCCUCGGACAGAUAUGCGCUCAGCGGUCAUGCGAGAGUAUACCGGCAACAACCUUUAUCAGGGGACUCUGCGAAGUAUAUGA